UACCGGCUAUAACCCCAUAGUGCGAUCCGGUUCGGUUACGCAUCAACAUCGGAGCGUGUGCAGCGUGUGGCUGUAUGCUCAAGAGACGUUGUAAACAUAGUGUUUUAAUUUUUCCUGUGGUGAAGAAUCUGCACUGUUUCCAGCAUAAUUAAACGUCAUCCAAAAAAGCAGGAGAUUACCGAGCAUAGGAUCGUUUUCAGAGUGCCGUGGCAUUGUGGUUUCGAAGAGCAAUUAAGCUUGCGAUCGUUUCUUGCAGGCGAAUUGAUUGGUGUUAGAGAAACAGAUCGAGACACCACUACCAGCGUAGCUUUUUCCUUUUGGAAGCAUAACUUCGUUGCAACGGUGUGCGUGCGUUCAGGUGCUCGAGUGCGGAAAGAGUUGUUUGUUUACAUUUUGCCUACAAACUCGCAUAGAAAUUUCCCUUCAGAGUUUAAGUUAAAGUUUGUUAACGUUUGUACUGGAAUUUUGUUUCGUCGUUAUCUAUUGCUACUUGGGAUCGGCGGAAUAAUACGUCGUUUAAAGCAUUUUGAAUGAAAUACGAAAUCAGUUAUCAUAGUGACUCCGAGACGAUGGGAAGUCGUGCGCAGUCCGUGAUCUGCGACAAGGUCCUGGCCGGGCUGCCCCAGCUUCUGGAUGAUCUACAGAAACUGUCGGAAGAUCAGGACACUUCCGACAUCGUGUUUGUGCUCGGAUCCAGCGAAGAACGUGUGUAUGCGCAUCGGAUUAUCCUAAUGGCACGAUGUAAAUCAUUUCAAAACACAAAACGAGGCGAAAUCUGUCGCAUUCCUGGUUGUACUGUGUCCACGUCUGCUCCCGGCACUCCAACGCCCAUCCGCUUGCCACACAUUGAGCCAGACAUCUUUCGACAGUUUAUACUUUAUGUUUACACUGCAAAGAUUAUGCUGCAAGACUCAAAGGUGUUCGAAAUGAUGACGCUAGCACAGGAUAUGGGUGUUGAGGAGCUGAAGAUCGCUUGUGAGGAUCACGUCAGUAAAACGAUGUCUGUUGCGAAUGCGUGUACAUUUUUAACAGCUGUUAUGGAGAUUAAGGAGAAAGCUUGUGGUGCCAAGUGUGCUGCAUCGUUCUUGGAGAAAUGUAUCACCUACAUCGCGGAGAAUGCUUCCGAGUGCGUGAAAACCAAUGCGUUCCUCAAUCUGACCAAGGAAGGACUGAUACAAGUAAUUUCCUAUGACAAUCUCGGACUUGAGGAGGAAGACGUGUGGCGAUGUGUGUUGGCUUGGGCGAAGAACCAGGCCGGAGUUACUCAGCCCACUGCUCACUGGACGGAGGAAGAAAGGCAGCGCGUUUGCCAAUAUCUGGCCCCGGUAAUUUCACACGUCCGGUUAUUCCUCAUCGAUAGCCAAGUGUUUGCGGAAGAGGUGGAACCGACCGGUGCCGUACCGAUAGAACUUUCGCUCGAACGAUAUCGUAGAGCGGCGCUGCAUUCCAACAAGCUGCCUACUGCUGCAGCAUCAGCAGCACCCGUACCGGCCGGACCACUGACCGAGAACGAUAAACGACUGCAGCCUCGCCUGAUGCUGAAUCUGUUCCAUGGGUCAGCUAUACUGAAAAAUGAUAAAAUCCAUUUCCAAGGCACCCUGAACGGGUGGUACGGAGCUGCCAAGCAAACCUGGCGCAUGGUGUACCGAGCGUCGACGAAUGGAUUUGCCGCGUCCGCCUUUCAUCGGCAUUGUGAUGGUGUGGCUCCACUGUUUAUCAUUGCGCUGAGCUCGAACGGCGCCAUCAGCGGUGGCUUCACGGAUGUAGCGUUUGCGAAAACCAACAGGAAAGGCGGGUAUUUGCAUUCGGAGAAGGCUUUCCUGUUUGCACUGAACUACAACAACGAGCCACCGACGAAGUUCGAUAUCGUGAAGAAGCCGUAUGCGAUUUGCUACCAUCCGGACUGUGGGCCAAUUUUUGGAGCUGGAGCCGAUCUGCUAAUUUCAAACAACUGCAAUGCUAAUAUCGAAUCGUACUCAAACUUUCCGCACUCGUACGAUGGUCCUAAUGCAACGUUUGGGCACUUGUUUGGUGAUUACAACUUUUCCAUCAUUGAUUACGAGGUGUUUACACUGGCUCCUACCACCGCUCCGACCGGCAAUAAGCUGAAACAUGAUCGAUAUCCGUAGAAGGGUGGUAGCGGGAAUUACAAUAAGCAAACAUAACUAUUUUUACGAUUGCAUUGUAAGUAUUACAUCCGUACAUAUUUAAAGGGUUGAGGUUUUCUGGUUCUUGUAUCGUCAAUGGUAGCUCAUAAUGCAUUAGGUUAACAUUUAUAGAAUAGUAUUGGAUUAAUGGAAUAAUUGAUUGAUAGAAGAGAGAAGAGUUUGGGCCUUCUUUCUUGGUUGAUUCACAUCGCACAGGUUCGUAAAUUCGACAACGGCGUCGGUCUUCGUACGGCAGGAUCAGGGUUCAAAUUCCAUACGGACUAUUACCGCGUAGUGAGAGGACUGACUGACUAUCCAACUACGUGGUAUCUUUAAGUUCAGUAAGCCAGAAAUGACAGGCAUGACCUUAAAGAGGCCGUUAGUCUCUUAGAAGAAUUUAGAAGUCUAAAUAAACACAAUGAUAUUAUAAGUUUGAA